GAGGGAGGGGGCGGGAGGCGGGAGGAGCCGCGGAUCGUUGCGCUUUGUGUCGGUGCGCGGCCCCGCGGGGACACGGCGGAGCUGGGCGGUCUGCGACGGAGCUGGGACCGGAGCUACGGGAAGCACAGCCUCAGCCACUCGACGUGUCCCCGCGCUGCCCAGGGACGGCAGAAGCUCCGCGAUGCGGCUGCUCCUGGUUGGGAAGACCGGGGGGGGACGAAGCGCCACAGGGAACACCCUCCUGGGGCGGCGCGUCUUCGAGUCCAAGCUGUCCAACUCGCCUGUGACCUGCAGCUGCAACACAGCAGUUGGGCGCUGGAAUGGAGAGGAAAUUGUGGUGGUUGACACGGCCGAUAUCUUCCAUGUGUGGGACUGCAGCGAUGAGAUGUGCACUGAAAUCUCCCGCUGCAUCAAGCUGUCCUCACCCGGCCCCCACGUGCUGCUGCUGGUCACCCAGCUGGGCCGCUUCACCGAGGAGGACCAGGAGGCCGUGCAGGGCGUGCGGAACAUCUUUGGAGCCGGCGUGUUCAGGCACACAGUUGUUGUGUUCACCCGUGGAGAGCUGACCACGGGAUCACUGCGCGACUACGUGACCCACACUGAUAACAGAGCUCUGCGCAACCUGAUCCAGAGCUGCGAGCAUCGGUAUUGCAGCAUCAACACAGGGCUACCGGGGCAGAGCGGGACCAGCAGGGUCCAGCAGCUGAUGGAGAAGGUCCACCAAACUGUGCGGCAGAAUGGGGGCAGGUACUACAGCAACGCGUUGUACCUGGAUCACUUCUUAACAGAAGAGAAAGUGAGGUAUCAUAUGGAGAGAGCAGUCAACCCAUUGGUUGCACUACUCAACUCUUUGUCAUACAGGAGAGACCUGAUAAGAUGUGGGAUAAUUCUCAUCAUCGCCGCUGUGAUCUUCAUCUUUCUCCUUAUUUUGUUGUGGGAGGCGAAUGGCUGAAUCCCAUAAUUCCACAAUCCCACAGUCCCAAUACUGAAUUAUUAGAAGCCCAGAAAUGAAUAAUGAGAUCCCAGAAUCCUGCAGUGUUUUGG